AUGGAAAAGUUAUUUAAAGACCCUAUAGUCACACUUAAUAAUAUUUACGGUAUUGUGAAUAAUGAACUGGGUAAACAGUGCUUAUCUUAUCGUUAUCAAACAAAUAAAUCGUCCAAUGUAAUGCACAAAUGUGACAUCAAUAUCUUGUGGCCUGUGGAAAUGUCAUUUUCUCACGUGGCAUCAAAUAAGAAAGCAGCUGCAAUUCAUGCCGCAAAGCAUUGUUUGACUUGGUUAUACAAUAAUAAAAAACUUACAGGAUCUAAACCACUACUAUAUACUAAAACAGAAAUUGCCUCUUCAAUAGCAGACUGUGUCAGAAUAGACCUUGAUUCAAUAGUGAAAGAUGAAAUUGAUAAUCUGAUAGAUGUAUAUAAUAAUGAGGUGAAAUCGAUUGUAGCUGUAUCAUCCACUACCCAUAAUGAAAUUUGUUCAGAAAACUUGGUCUUGCGUGAAAAUGUGUCCUUCAGUGAAGAACAAUCAGAGGAUUAUACUUCUCGUAACACCGUGUUAGCUGAAAGACUUCAAUACAGGGAGAAAUGCACUAAAAAUUUGCCGAUAAUGGACUACAAGUCACAGAUCCUUGAGAGUAUAGAGAACAAUCAGGUUCUCUUAAUCAAAGGUGAUACUGGCUGUGGAAAAAGUACUCAAGUUCCACAAUUUAUAAUAGAUGCAUAUACGGAGCAAGGUAAAGCAAACGAAUGUAAUAUACUUGUGUCAGAACCGCGAAGAGUUUCAGCUCUGUCUCUGGCUAAACGCGUUGCCAAGGAAAGAGGAGAACAAGUAGGCGAUGUGGUAGGCUAUCACGUACGAUUUAGCAGUAAAUUACCACAGACGGCUGGUUCAAUAUUAUUUUGUACAACUGGUAUAUUUUUACGGAGGAUACAAAGUAAUCCAACUUUAAAUGGUGUGUCACAUGUAAUCAUAGAUGAAGCUCAUGAGAGAACAUUGGAAAUCGACAUAAUGCUAAAUCUAUUGAAAAAACUGUUGAUCACUAAACCAUCUUUAAAAAUUAUAAUUAUGUCGGCAACUUUGAAUGCGGAAAUAUUUGCGCAGUACUUUUCGUGCUCAGUUGUUGACGUUCCUGGAAGAAUAUAUCCUGUAAAAAUGCACUUUCUGGAGGACAUUGAAUUGUUUCGAUCUAAUUUACAACUAGAAAAGGAUUUACAGGAAUCGUACACUCCUUAUUCGAAAGUAGUGCAACUAAUAAUGUGGAUUACCAGAUACAAACCAUCUGGUAGCAUAUUAUGCUUUUUAACAGGUUGGCAAGAAAUUCAAGAAGUUCUGUUUUUGUUAGAAAAGUAUAAUAAUCCUAAUCUGCUUAUAUUACCGUUUCAUUCCAAACUGGAAAAUUAUGAGCAACUGAAGGUUUUUCGAUCUGUUCCUGACAAUGUGCGGAAAAUUAUAUUAGCUACAGAUAUCGGUGAAAGUAGCAUCACUAUUCCAGAUGUUAAGUAUGUCGUAGAUAGUGCACGUAAAAAAGAAGUAAUUUGGAAAGAAAAGACAGGUUCAUACAGUGUUGUCACUUGUUGGGUGUCACAGGCAAAUAUUUCUCAAAGAAAAGGGAGAGCUGGACGUGUUACAUCUGGAGAGAGUUAUCAUUUCUUAACAAAACAGAUGUACGAUAAAUUACAGUUAUAUCCGGUGCCAGCUAUACAUAGAAUAUCGUUAGACCAGGCAGUUGUCACGAGUAAAGUAUUCAGUGACGAGAAAAUAGAGGAUUUCUUUGCCAAUAUGAUUGAAGCACCCAACGAAAAAUCGUUGUCCCGUGCGGUUGAAGAUUUGCAGAAUCUUAAUAUUCUCGAUGAAAAUGAAAAUCUCACACCUUUAGGAAAACGUAUACUGCACUUUACAGAAGAUGUUAGACUAAGUAGAGCGUUGAUAUUUUCUUAUAUCUUCCAAUGUCUGAAUCCUGUUUUAUCGAUACUAACAGUUUUUGGUAGAGAUGAUGAGACGGGUGUUGCAUCGUUAAUCGAGAAUUCGGUGAAAAGGAGACGGAAACUUAUGUACCACGAUUCAAGCGAUCACAUCGCUCUGCUGCAAAUUUAUAGGCAAUUAAAAUUUGAUUGUGUUGAUGUAAUGAAUAGGGACAAGAAGAAAUGGCGAAAUUUGCAAAAUAUAGCAAAAAUACGCGAACUACGUGUAGGCGAGCUUAUCGAUAGUGGUUUGAUCUCCGAAGUAGCUGAUUGUCAGGUUGCAGAUGAACACAGUAAUCAUAAAGAAUUGAUUCGAGCUGUUUUAUUUUCGGGUACUAAUCGGCUACUAAAGAGGACACCAUGCGGAUAUAGAAAUGGAUACUUUUCAAAAACAUCAAGUACAAUAUGGUCCGAAAACUAUGAAAAGAUGAUUUUAGCAUCAGAAAGUGUGAAUCACAAGAGGAAAGAUUGGCCAAGUUCGUUUUUAACGUAUAUCUCCCGAUGCGAGCACAGUGACUCUCGCAUAUACAUGGCGUCUGAUUCAAGUUUAAUUUCACCAUUGACGGUACUGUUAUUUAGCCAAACGGACGUUGUAUGUGACAAGAACAAGGAAAGCUCUUUUAAUGACGAAGACAAUGUUCUUAUUACCAUAAAAAACUUGCGGCAUGCGAAAUUCUCUUGCGAUGGAAGGACUGCAAACUCAUUAUUAGAACUCCGAAAGAUCUUAUGGGAUACUGUGUAUUAUAUAAUUCAAUUCGAGGGCGCAAAGGAUCACGCAACGAAUUUACAAUCUGUUAAAUUGUACAAAGAGAAAUUGUUGCAUUUAAUCAUAAAAAUGAUAGAGAAAUCAGCGAAUGGCAUAGAUAGUUCCGUUAAAAAUAAUACUUUAGAAGAAUCGACGUCAGUAAACUAAUAGAUGUAAUAAAUCGCUAGAAAUUAUUUAUAUUAACUACAUUUACAUACACUGUUUUGUUUUCUUUUAUUUUAAAACCGUUAUGAAGCACAAGAUCCUCUAUUUUCCGUUCAAUGAUUUUGCUAAAG